ACUUGACCAUGUUUGGGCAUGGAGGCUUGUCCCAGAUGGGGACCAAAGGCCGCUUUCCCAGAGAUGGGCUGGGAGCCCAAGCUUCCUGCUGCAGCUCAGGCAGCCUCUUUUGGGGUGGGGGCUGGGGGCCAGGCCAAAAGUCUCUGCCUGCUGAAGACUCCGGACACCAGAAACUAAAUGACCACUGCUUGCAGUGGACAUGGGGAAGAAGCUGGUGAUGGCCCAGAAGCGGGGAGAGACCCGGGCCCUUUGCCUGGGUGUGGCCAUGGUGGUGUGCGCUGUCAUCGCCUACUAUAUCCUGGGCACGACCAUGCUGCCCCUCUACCAGAAAAGCGUGUGGACCCAGAAAUCCAUGUGCCAUCUGAUUGAGACCAACAUCAGGGAGCAGCAAGAACUGGAGGGCAAGAAGGUGCCCCAGUACCCGUGCCUGUGGGUCAACGUGUCAGCUGUGGGCCGGUGGGCUGUGCUGUACCACACAGAGGACACUCGGGACCAGAACCAGCAGUGCUCCUACAUCCCAGGCAGCCUGGAGAACUACCAAGAGGCCCGGGCCGAUGUGGAGAAGGUCAGGGCCACAUUCCACAAGAAACAGAUUUUCUACUGCUUCUCAACAAGUCGGGAGAAUGAGACCAGUGUCCUGUACCAGCGCCUCUAUGGGCCCCGGACCCUUCUCUUCUCUCUCGUCUGGCCCACCUUCCUCAUUAUCGCCAUGGUGAAGAUCAACCAGUGCCUUUCCAUCCUGGCGGCUCAGAAGUAGACCUAUCCAUGCCACCGAGCUGCGGGAGCUGCAGGGGACUGGGUGGGCCCCAGGUGGCUCCGGACUUGCGUAGACCUGCCCCCUCCCCCUGCCUUCUCACUGUUCCGCUCCCGGCCCAUAACAACCUCUGCUACCUGGGUGGGCUUUGGGAAGUCCCUUUGUUAUGUCAUUCCUGUUUAAGAAUGUACACUGGCUCCCUGGUGCUUCAGAGAGUUCAAGGCCGGCUGGUAACAGCUUCCCAUUACCUGUCCCCACUCAGCUGACUGAAACCCACUUCCUGCUGCGCCCCCACCAGCCCACAGACGGCAAGGAUGCUCGUCUCUCCGUGCCUGCAUUCUCAUGGUCGGCUCAAAGGCCUACCUUUGUCAUCCUUGGCAGACCUCACUUCCUUCUUUGAAUUCCAUAAUGAAAACCACAGCAGCUCCCAUGUAUAGAGAACAUUUAGAAUUUGCUUGUAGGACACUAGGUGCUAUGUACGUUUUUAUUCCCAUAUUAACAAAUAUAGGUACAAACUUCCAGUUGCAAAAUACUGAAGUCCUGGGGAUAUAACAGACAGCAUGGUGACUAUAGUUAGCCACAUUGUACCGCGUAGUUGAAAGUGGCGGAGAGGAGAUCUUAAAGGUUCUCAACCCAAGAAAAGAAAUCUAUAACUGUGUACGGUGACAGAUGUUAACUAGAUUUACUGUGGUGAUCAUUUUGCAAUAUAUAUAUAAAUAUCAAAUUAUUAUGCUGUACACCUGAAACUAACGUCAUGUUAUAUAUCAAUAUCUCAAUAAAAAUAUAUAUGUGUGUAGA